AUGAUUAUUGCUGGAUAUUUAUCUCUUGCACAUCAUUACGAUUUAACAGAACAACGUUGCCAAUAUAAUAACGAUUAUUAUUUUCAGUUAGCUAUUGAACGUUUUAAACAAGUGAUGCAACUCUCUCAUCCUUACUUACCAAAUCAUGAUGAUUAUUUAAUUUUAUUACAAUGUCAUGAAAAAAUUGGUUAUCUCUACCGCGAGAGAGGCGAUUUUCAACAUACUAUUGAUCAUUAUCAACAAUUUUUACAUUUAAUUCAAAAAUAUAAGCCAAAUGAUAUUAAAAAUCUCACAUCAUAUUAUGACGGAAUAAUAACAAUAUAUGAAAAUGAAUUUGAGCAAGUGAGCUCUGUUCGAGAUACAACAUCAAUAUUAGCAGAAACUGUGGAAUCUCAAUCAGUGUUACACGCGGUCAACGGUGGUCAAAUAAUUUUUGAACGUUCAAAUUUAGCAUUUGGCUUUUAUUUAGUGCAAUCUGUUGAUCUUUGUUUGAAUGCUCAAGUGAACAUAAAUAGACGUCUUGCUUAUUGUUAUAUGAAACGUGCAUUACUAUCAUUUGAACAAAAUGCUUUAGAACAAACGCGUGACUAUUUAUACAAAGCAACAGCAAUAAAUGUAGCUGAUGCAAGAAAUAUUUGUGAAGAAAAUUUGGCCUAUCUUGAUGGUAACUAUAAAUUUGUUAUUUUAAAAUACCAACAACUAAUAGAUAAACAAUUAAUCUCUGGCCUACAAUGUGUCAAUGAAGAUUAUUUUAGUUAUAUUGGUUCGUUGUAUGAGAAGAUAGGUGAUAGUGAAAGAGCAAUUCAAUAUUAUUUAUUAGCAAUCUGGUAUUUUGAAUUGAAUGGUCAUUAUUGUUGUCACACACAAUCAUGCUUUGAACAAUUCAUUUUAUAUUAUAAAAGAACAGGAAAUGAUAUAAAUUCAGUGAUUAAUAUUAGUAAACGAUUUCUUUUACUUUUGUACAAAUAUCGUUCACCAUUUAUUAAAAAAUUCAUACAAAUUAUUUUGAUUAAUACUAAAACAACAGUGAAUGAAACAAUGUAUGCAAAACUGAUUUAUUUUAUAUUAAAUAAUACAAAUAAUGUUAAACAAGUUGUUGAUAAUUAUGAAAAAUUAUUGUAUGAGGAAAACCAUUUAAUGGUUUUUGCUGGAUUAGCGGAAGAGGUACCUGGUCUGAAGGGAAGGGGCGCCUAA